AAACCAUAUCCUAAUUUGUAGCUAGCUAAACAGUACAUUACACACUCUGGUCGUUCAACUUCAACAACAACAACAACAAAUGGAGAACGAAUCGCGAAGUGGUGCCAAAGAUCAAGUCCCGUCGGUUCAGCUUUCAGCUCCUCCUUCUUGGAAGAAACUGUACUUCCCUAAGAAAGCAGGAACACCAAGAAAAGGCGAGAUUGUAUUCGUUGCUCCAACUGGAGAAGAGAUAACCUCCAGAAGACAAUUGGAGCGGUACCUAAAAUCUCAUCCUGAGAAUCCCAACAUAUCAGAGUUUGAUUGGGGAACCAGUGACACACCAAGGCGAUCAUCAAGGAUUAGUGAGAAGGUCAAAACAACUCCAGAAGCCGAGCCUCCGAAGAAACGUGGUCGAAAAUCAAUUGGUUCAAAGAAGGACGACAAGGUAACCGAAACUGAAGCUCAUUCCGAGGAAGCCACCGAGCCUCCAAAGAAACGUGGUAGGAAAUCAAUUGGUUCAAAGAAGGAUGACAAGGUAACCGAAACUGAAGCUCAUUCAGAGGAAGCGGAGCCUCCGAAGAAACGCGGUCGAAAACCAUCUGCUUCCAAGAAACAUGAAAAAGAGACCGAAACUGAAUUUCCUCCAGAGGAAGCCGAGCCUCCGAAGAAACGCGGUCGAAAACCAUCUGCUUCAAAGAAACAUGACAAAGAGACCGAAACUGAAUCUCCUACAGAGGAAGCCAAGGAAAAGGAAAAGUUUUCUGCAGAAGAACCGAAAGCCGAUCUAGUUGAUGCUGAUAAGAACAUUGAUGAUAAAAUAAAGAGAGAUGAUGCAGAGGUAAUUAAGCAAAGUAAUGCAGAAGGUGAACUUGUUCAAGAAGCUUCGAAUGCUGUUGUGGAGGAAUCGGCAAGGGAAAAGUCUUCUGUGGAAGAACCGAAGGCUGAUCCAAUGGACACUGAUGACAAUGUCAAUGAUAAAACAAGGAGUGACGACACAGAGGAAAUUAAGCAAAGUAAUGCAGAAGGUGAACAUGUUAUUGAAGCUUCGAAUGCUGUGGUUGAAGAAGCAAUAGCUGAAUCGGCAAAGGAGAAGUCUUUUGCGGAAGAACCGAAUGCCGAUCCAAUGGACACUGAUAACAACGUCAAUGAUAAAACAAGGAGUGAUGAUGCAGAGGAAGUUAAGCAAAGUAAUGCAGAGGGUGAACUAGUUCAAGAAGCUUCGAAUGCUGUGGCUGAGGAGGCAAUAGUUGAAUCGGAAAAGGAAAAGCCUUCUGCAGAAAAACCGGAUGCUGAUCCAAUGGAUGCAGAUAGCAACAUCGAUGAUAUAACAAAGAGUAGUAAUGCAGAGGAAAUUAAGCAAAGUAGUACAGAAGGUGAACUUGGUCAAGAAGCUUUAAAUGCCGUGGUCGAGGAGGCAAUAGUUGAAACAGAGAAGGAACUGUUUUCUGCAGAAGAACCAAAAGCCGAUCCAAUUGAUGCUGAUAACAUAGUCAUUGAUAAUACAAAGAGUGAUGAUGUAGAGGAAAUUAAGGAAAGUAAUGUGGAAGCUGAAAAUUUGACUGCUGCGAACCCUCAAGUGGAAGAAAUCCCAAUUGCAGAACCAGAGGAACAACUUGUUGAAGAAGCUUUUAAUGCCGUGGUUGCUGAAAAACUGCAAGGGGAGGCACCAGAGGAACAACUUGUUGAAGAAGCUUUGAAUGUUGUGGUUGCUGAAAACCCGCAAGAGGAAGCACCAGUUGAAGUGACAAAAGAAAAUGGUACAAUCGACAGUAGUAAGCAGGAAAAAUUAGGUGCUGAGGUAAACGAAGGAGCUGAAAAAGUGACUCUCAACGUCGAAGAAAUUAAUGGCAAGAAUGAAAUCCCAGCAAGUGAUGAGAAACAAACAAUUCAAGGUGAGGAGCAAGUGAAGAAGAUGGUUGACAAUGAGAGUGUUAUUUGGAACUUUGCUCAAUGAAGUAGUAUAUUAUUACCAUUACUAUCACCAACCCUUAGAGUAAGCUACUGAUAUGCACUUUAUUAAUACCUAGUAUCCUUAAUUUUUUUGUAAUGCUAUUUAAGAUGUUUAGCACUGACAUUUUGGAUUGAAAAGAGUGCGCGACACAUUGACAUGACACCGACACAUAUCACAUUCAAUGAUUUUCUUUAUAAUAUUAUUACCGGUGUCAGCGUCGUGUCUAGUGUAUGUGUCCGAGGUAUACACAUCUUAAAGGAUUUAGUUAUUUUGUUACAUUAUGGAUGACUGUAAUCUUGUAUUCUAUUUCAACAUUUGCUUAAAUUUAGGUGAUUAACUUA